AUGGUUCCUCCACUUCCUCCAUUGCAUGGAGAUCUGAUGCUUGAUGUUUUCACACAUCGUGCUUUGACUGGAGGUGUCCUCAAUGACCACACGCCACAUGGAAAUAGCGAUAGACUUGCACAACUCGGAAAAUCGGUAUUGAACACCAUUGUGACGUAUAUAUUAUUCGCAGAAAGACCUAUGUUAUCUGGCGAAGAGCUGCAGACCAAACAGGAGCAAACUUUAAGCGAUGAAGCCAUGGUUGCUUGGCUUGCCGCGUACGAUACAGACCUGAAGAAACGUGUGAGGCUCGGAGCAGCGAAAGGCAUUCUCAACGACCCCGAGGAAGCUCGUUUCCUUUUCAACAGCUACGUUGGAGCUGUCUGUGUACAAGAUGGCUUACAGGCGACGACUGACUGGGUCAGCAAACUUGUGAAGCCCGAGGGUCAACCACCGGUUUUGGUCGAUGACUCGCGAGACCGCCCUUUAUCAACGGUGCUGCCUGGGUCACCUACCAGUGCGUCAGUCUCGGUACCCCCUCAGGCGGGUACGUCGCAAGCCGCCCCGCCUCCAUAUUAUCCAACCCCACCACAAGCAUCCACAAUACCCUCAGGAGUUCCCCAGGGCACGCUUGCUCUGUUCAAUCAAACUUGUCAUCAACGAGCGUUUUCUGUCGAGUGGAUCGCUUCCGCAAAUGGUGCGCAGCAUGAUCCGAGGUGGGAGGUGAAAUGUAAAGUGAACGACGUCGAGCGGGGUUUUGGUAUCGGUAGGAACCAGAAACUGGCAAAGGAAAUGGCGGCCUAUGAGGCGUACCAGUAUAUGCAAAGUAUUGGUUGGACCUUGCCAGAGCCGGAACCGACUGCGUAG